ACUUAAGGCUGUUUGGAGAAACCCUUGCGCUGCUAUCAGGAAGUGCCUUCACAUGAUCAGCUGGGUGAAGCAUUGAGAUCCGACUGGCUGCCCCCACUGUGCCUGCCGACCUUCCUCUCCGGGUCUGAAGUAAAGACAGCGAUGUAAGACAAUAAGGUUGAAGCGGAUUUUCAAGAAGUAGCCCUGGAAAGACGGACUGACUUCUGUCUGUAAAGGAUUGCCAGCAAAGAUGCCUGUGGUGCCAGUUGUGCCAGAGAACUACAGUCAUGUACUGGCAGAGUUUGACUGCCUUGACCCACUUCUGUCUGCUCUAAGAUUGGACUCUGGUAGGCUAAAGUGUACCUGUUUAGCAGUGUCAAGGAAGUGGCUUGCUUUAGGAACAUCAGCAGGAGGGUUGCACCUAAUUCAAAGGGAGGGCUGGAAACAAAGACUCAUCCUCACUCACAAGGAGGGUUGGAUCACUCAGGUGGCAUGCUGCCCUCAUGAUGAAGACUUUAUUGCUGUUGCAACAAGUCAGGGUCUGGUGGUGGUGUAGCUGCAGCUGGAGCGUCGGGGUCCUCCAGAGAGGGUCAGUGUGUCCUGGGAGCACAGAGGUCAGGCUGUCACUGCACUCUGCUGGACACCAGCACCUCAGAGUUUUGUGGGGGACGCAGGAGGCAAAGUGUCCUAUCUCCGUGCAGGAUCUUCCAGGCUGGGCAAGGGGUCGACAUUCGUCAUCUUUCCUGUUCAGACCGUCACCACAGUGGACUCCAGAGUGGUUCAGCUCGGUUACCUAGACGGCCGCCUGACAGUAUCAUCCCUGAGCCGCUGCUACCUCUGCGACACAGAGAGGGAGAAGUUCUGGCGUGUUGGAAACAAAGAGCGAGACGGGGAGUAUGGAGCUUGUUUUUUCCCUCAGAACAGAGGGUUGUUAGUAGGGCAGCCCCCCCUGCUGUACUGUGCCCGGCCUGGAUCUCGAAUAUGGGAGGCCAACUUUAAUGGCGAGGUUCUGAGCACCCACCAGUUCAAACAGCUGCUCGCCUGCCCUCCUCUUCCUCUCAUCACGCACAGAGAUGAGCCACAUUACAACCCAGCACAGAAGACACAGUCCAUUGCCUUCCCUAAACUACUGUAUUUAGGGGACCAAAACUUGCUGACCUGGACUGAUUCAGCCAUUUAUAUCUUCACACCUCAGAAUGGACAGUUGCUUCUGUGGACUGAAGUCAAAGACUUGGUUGAUGUCGCUGUCUACCGCAAUGAGCUCUUCUGUCUCCACGACAGUGGACGUCUCUCUCACCUCUCCCUCUUAUCUGCUGAGCGAUGUGUUGAACGGCUGCUUCGGAGAGAGUCCUGGCCUCUGGCUGCUGUAGUCUGCUGUAUGUUCCAGCACAAUAUCACCACCAGCAGGGCCAGGAAAUCAAUUCCCAUCGACCGCCUUGAGCAUCUCAGGUCUCAGCUCAAUUCCAGCACACACCUCGAUCUGAUUGGCCAGCUGGAGGAAGUCAUCUCAAAACUGGAGCCUCUAGACUCCGCCUCUAGCAGCCGGAGAAGCAGCAUCUCCUCACAUGAGAGCUUCAACGUCCUGGACUGUGGAAUCUACCGUGUGAUCAGUCGCAGGGGAAGCCAGUCAGAUGAGGAGACAAGCUCUCUCAUCAACCCCUCCAUAUCUGAGGAGGAACGGCUCAAAGAGUUCAGUUUUGUUCAGGAGGACGAUCAGGUGGAUCACGAUCCACAGAGCAGUGAUCGUUUGGAGGCUGAGCGAUCUGAGCAAGGCCUGCAGUUCCACCUCCCCCUCUCAUUCCGCCCCACCCCUCGCAUCGCACUGCAGGCUGUCAAAGACAGUGUUUCUAGUUUUGUUAAGAAGACAACAGAGAAGAUCAACACCCUCCAGAUGAACUCUGAGCUCUGGCAGCGCCCUGAAUUCAGAGAGGGUGGACAAGCUGAGAUGUCCAGCUUCCACAUAAAUCAGGUAAAAUCAGUAACUUUAAUGUGAUGUCACAGAGUCUAUGACGACGUGCCCAACACAGAAGCUGAUAUGCAGGAACUUAGAUCUGCAACAGAACGAGCUAUCUCUCAAAUCCAAGAUCCCUGGGUGCUACUGGAUCCAGUAUGCCUGGAAGAAACCCUGCUGGAGUGGCUGCCAGUACUGGAGAGAAUACUCGGCCCCGUAGAGCUUGGUUUUGUUGCUGUGGGUGAGUCGAGCACGGAUGGACCAGGAGAGGAGAAGUGGGAGAGGGAUUAUUUGAACACAAGCAUUGAGCAACAUGAGGAGUCAUCCUGCUCGUCAGGAGAACCACUAGAGAGCAUUACAGAGGAGAAGAAAGAAGAACCUCCAGAGCUCGAAGAGAAAGACGACUCGUGUGACUCUGCUGAGAAGGAGAAUGAGGUUUUGAAUGAUACUGCUCUUUCCGAGCCUCUGCGAGUGGUGACUCCUGAGCCCCUACCUGCAGAUUUCCUGGCUUACCUCACACAGCUUGCAACGCUGUACACAGAGCUGAGCUGCUUUAGGAAGCAGGAGAACGAACAAGGGUUGGGAUGCACGACUUUCCUGAGGCGAUACUUCUUCCUGCUGGAUCAAGAGCGAGUGAGGAGAAUGUGUCUGCUUUGUUAUCAGGACAAGCCAGAGGUGCAGAGCUCUUUCACCGAGGCCAUGCUAGCUCUGACUCAGUCCAGUAAGGUGGUUGAGGUUAUUCAGAGAGGGGAUUGGCUGAGAUCACUGCGCAGUUUGAGAGAGCUGCAGCCCUAGGCCCCUCCUCUCCUCGCACACUUACACAGGCUGUAUGAGAAGUAUGGAGAGGCAGCUGUGCGCUCCUUUUCCCAGUUCUAUCCUACAAUAACUCCAGCUGAUGUGAUGACCAUGGCUCAGCAGAGCCACUUCCUGGCAUAUCUGGAUAAUCUGGUCCAAUCUCGAGCUGAGGAGCACAGGUUGUCAUUUUUGCAAUCCCUCCUUGAACCAGUCCUGAGACAGGAUUGGCUUGAGCUAGCACUCACUCAUGAUGCCCCUCAACACUGUGACACCCUGAAUCCUGAUGGACAGCCCAGGUGGCGUUCUCAUUGUUUCAGUUGGGGUUAUGGACGACUUCUGUCUCUUCUCAUUGGUCUGCCUGCCGCUUCCUCCAAGCAGAAGAUGGCAGAGACGUGCCGCAGUCAUGGAUACUGGAUGGGCUACCUGUACCUCUGCCGUGAGCUGCAGCGCCGCACAGAGGCGUUCUCCACCAUCGGUGAGCUGGAUGACAUCACUCUGCUGGAGGGACGUGAAGGAUAUGAACCCCCAGACUUGGAUGAGUGGAAGCUUCUGAUCCAGUUGUGUCAGCAGAGCAUUACAGCAGGUGACUCAGAGCAGGUCACAGGUGUGAAUGGGAGCAGCUGGUCCAACGGCUCAGCAGACUGUGCCGGAAGGAUUAGCCCAGAGAGCCUGACUCUGAUGCUGGCUCGGACGGCUGGGCCAGACCGAGCCAUGGCCGUCCUGGAGGAGUGUGGAGUGCAGCUGGUCCUCUCUCCACACUCCAAACUGGUCUGUGAGUUGCUGAGAGUCGCUGAAAAGAGACAGAGAGCGAUGAUCCAGACGAUGCUGGAGCGCUGCGAUCGCUUCCUUUGGUCUCAGCAUGCCUAAGAAUGAUCUCUGCUGUGUAUGCAGCUUCUCUACGUCAAACAUGAUAGCUAACACUGUGUAAGUCUCAAACUACCUAUAAUAAUGUGACUUAAUUUAUGCACUCUGAUGUCAAAGCCUCUACAGGAAGUCUCUAACCUUCCAGUGAAACAGUAUUAUUUAUAUAACUUGCUUUGUGACAAUCUUUACAGAUUUACUGUUCCGCGCCCUUUUUAUCGAAAUAUAGAUUAAUUUCAGGUGCCAAUUCAAUGUUGCUUUUAGUGAUUGUAUGAAGGCUUCUUAUGCAUGAAAGCAAUAAUCAAAUGAAGUAAAAUAUUAAUGAAAAACUAAUAGAAUAACUAAAGAGUGGAAUGUUCUAACUAUGUAAUAAGAUGUGAAUAAAAAGUGUUUUUAAAA